AUGCAGGAAAGUAUUCAUAUUCAUCCAUCCUUAUCUACUCUUCGAAAUGUAAUCGAUACUCUAUCUCGUCAACAAGAUCAUAUAUUAUAUCGUGAUUCAAGUUUAAUAUAUUUAUUAAAAAAUAGUCUUGAUGGUGAUGCUAAAACAUACAUGUUUGCAACAAUUAGUCCAUUAUCAACUGUUAUUGAUGAGACAAUAAACACAUUAAGAUAUGCAGGGCUUGCUACAAAAAUAACUAAUGUACCUCAAAUAAAAACUCCACAUUUAAGACAUGAAAUAGAUGAAUUACGUGAAGAAAAUGCUCGUCUCAAACAAGAAUUAUUUCUUUUUUAUAGUGGACCGUCAAUAUCACCAGAUGAACAAAUUGAUGAUGAUGAAAAACUUAAUAUUAUCGAUGAAAAAAUUUUAGUUCAAAUUGAAAAUCAAUGUCAUCGACCACAAAACGACAAAGAUUAUCUGAACAACCACUCAAAAAUACACAAGAGUGAUGAUACAAUGUUACAUCAACGAUUAGGAACAAUUCUUAGUUAUGUUACAAGUAAUUAUUUAAUUGUUGUUACAUUGAAUAUGUUUGUUAAUAAUCAAGAAUGA